AUGGCUGCGUGUUGCCCAUCGUUGUCAUGGCAGGCGCCCAGUAUGGAAUGCUUCAUGUAUCCAGAGCCUUACGCUACCAAUCUGGAUGCUACUAUGAUCAUUGCCCUUCGCAAGGAGAAGUCCCGGGAUGCGGCCCGCAACCGGCGCGGCAAGGAGAACUACGAGUAUUACGAGCUGGCCAAGAUGCUUCCCUUACCGGCCGCGAUCACCAGCCAGCUGGACAAGGCGUCCAUCAUACGGCUGACCAUCAGCUACCUGAAGAUCCGUGACUUUGCCAUGCAGGGUGACCCUCCAUGGCAUCACUACCCAGACGGGCACAGUGGUGGGAUGAGCAGGAGUCUGUCCUCGGUGUUGCAAGGUCGUUUUUCCCAGCAACAUUCUGGAAUGUCUGCUAUUGCACAGGAGGUGUUUGAGCAUAAUCUUGGCGGCCACAUUCUGCAGGCCUUUGAUGGGUUUCUCUUUGCGUUGAGCAAUGACGGCAGAUUCUUGUACAUCUCAGAGACAGUAUCCAUCUACUUGGGCCUCUCACAGGUGGAACUGACAGGCAGUAGCGUCUUUGACUACAUCCACGCCGGGGACCGUAACGAGCUGGCUGAGCAACUGGGUAUGAAGCUGCCUCCACCCCGGACAAUGUCUCAAUCCUCGCUGGGUACCGGCAGCAGUGAUGGUUGCCAGUCAUCGCCUAUGGAUUCCCCAACGUCUCCGCACAGCGAACCCACGGGACUAAACAUGACAUUGUCGCCGGACUCUAGCUACCAUCGCAGCUUUGUCGUCAGGAUGAAGUCCACACUGACCAAGCGAGGAGUUCACAUCAAAUCCUCUGGCUACAAGGUGAUUCACGUCACGGGCUCAAUGCGGCCACGCAUGGUGUUGACCCAGUAUUCCCGCCACAACCCGGUCAUCAUGGGUUUCACCGCGGUGGCCCAAUCCUUACCUCCACCCACUGUCAGCGAGAUCCACCUAGAACCCACCAUGUUUGUCUGCAAGCUAGACCUAGACCUGACUAUUGUCUUCUGUGAAGCCAAGAUUCAAGAGUUUAUUGACCUUUCAGCUGAGGAUGUGACGGACAAGAGUCUAUAUUCCUUCUUACAUGCCGAGGACAUCAGCCAAAUGAGAAAUUGCCAUAGCGACUUGUUGAACAAAGGCCAGAUGAUCACUCACUAUUACCGCUGGAUGUGCAAGGCAGGCGGUUACAUCUGGGUACAAUCGACGGCCACGUUAGCCUACGCUAGGACAUCCAAUGACAGAUCCUUCAUGUUCAUCAACCAAGUCAUUAGCAACGCGGAGGCUACAGAUACCAUCAUGGACAUCAGUCAGAUGAGCGGUCUGCCUCCAGACACUGUCAAAGCAGAAACAUCGGACGGAGAUUGUCAUGAGUCCGACUUGGCCAAUACUAGCCCAGAUGAGACCAAGGGCAAACCCCCGAAGUCCGAGAAGACAACCAAGAAUUCAAAGAAGGCUGCUCAAGAGUCUACCACCAGCCGAGGCAAGUCUCCAUCCCGGACGAGAAAGAGAAAAACCCACGCUGACCACAAGGACACGAAAAGGCAUCGGCAGACUAGCCCAGCGGAGAAUCUGGACAAACCCGCCGCAGGGGAGGAACAAUGCCAGGAACCCAAGACGGUUAUAGUGGACGGCAGUUCAGAGGUGAAAGGUCGCCAGGAGGUCAAAUCCCAGCAGACGCAGGGUCACGCUAGAAAACCAAAGAAGGUCCUGGAGGAUCAACACCUGAGGCAAUCGCAGGAGGAUCGAGUCGCAGUCAGUCCUGUGAAAUCUGCCGACAGUGACAUUGGCUGCCAGGGAUGCGAGCCCAUCGAGAGCCAACCCUCACCUGGUUACAUCUCUCCCAUCAACCACUCUGUACAUAGCAAUGGACGGGACUCGGACUCCUUCAGUAAUGCCAGUGCCGGAAGCCGUGCCAACGAAGGAUGGGAUAACCCUCCCAAUCGGGAAGCACCUAGGGACCCCGAAUGCUCCCGGAGCUACCAGGAGGUGGGAGUAAGCAGCAUCAGGCAAGUAGGAACAGAAGACAGUCUCAUCAUCCCAAAGAGAUCUUACUGUAAAGGAGGCUCGGGGGGUAGCCCCAAACCCCCAGAUAGUAUGCUGACACCGCCGCUGUCAGAAACCUGUCAUUCUCAAUUUGUGCUUCCGCCGGCCAGCUCUCUGAGCGAGCCCAAGACUAAACAUUACUCCACGGACUCCAUUCCCGCCAUGCUGACCAGCAGUAACAACAACAAUCCUCUCUUGCCCGCAAGCAAGAGCUUCCAUCAACCUGCUGUCAGCCCCGACGUGGAGCUGGUCAGCCACCAACCAGGGCCUGCAAUCCUGACCAAAACGCACCCGACCAACCCAGCCGCGGACUUGGACUCCCCCAACUCGGCUAGCACCAAGCCUGAGCACCUGUACAACACCCACCCUCGUGUCAUCACGGCGGUCUCCUCUGCUUACACCGGCAUGCCUUACGCCAGCUACGGACAGUACCCCAACUUCCAGCAGUAUGCCAAUCCGGUCAACCUGGCCCCUCACCAUGGAUACCAAAGCAGCCCUUACACUGACCACUACAAGAACUUCCGCAGUGCCCAUGACAUGCCUAUGGACCUGUCUUACAACAAUGUCGGUGGCUACCCCAACAUGUCCAUCCUGCACAGUAACGUGACAUCGGGAGGGACCACGCACCCUUACUACCACGCGGCUAAAAUGGGUUAUGCCUCAGCACCCGAAGCAAACCUUCAAGUCAUCCACGACAGAGGUUGCCUUGAAGACACAACCAAGGCGCCACACACAAAAGUUUGAUGUUACUUUUAUUUCCCAAAACAAGAUGGCUAUUCCUCCAUUAGUUCUAAGAUCAUAAAUUUCAUGGCACGUACAAACGGGAGUUCCUUUUACUUACAAGAAAUCCAAAAAGAAAUCAUGAUGUAUUCUACGGUUGCUAUUUAGAGAGUUGCGAAUACAUGUAUGUUUUAAAGAAAACAAACUUACUUAAUCAAAACAAAGUAAACUCUUCAAAUCAUCAAUAUAAAAGUGGGGAAAUCUGAUCAAACUAGCCCAUCUGAUUUCAAAUAAAGUUUUGUAGCUUGCUGCUUGCCAUACCAUGGAAACAUUUUUAAACUGCUGUAUUUACUCACUUUGAACAAACUAUUGAACAAUGUAUAAAAUACUAAAUAAUCUAACAUUUUUUUCAACAAAACCUUGACAUUUAUGUGUCUUACUCAAUGUCAUCUCUUCAAAUGUUCAACAGCAGUAGUGUACAUAAUCCAGAAAGAUUUUAUCAAUAUACUCCGGAAACAAUGAAAAAGAAAAGGCUACUUUUAUGUCAAACACGUAUCAUUUCUCAACAUUUUUUGGAAUUUUGUAGUUUUGAGAGCGACAUGCUUCGUGGUUAUGAAUCCAAAUGUUUCUAAAACAGUGCUUAGGAACAUAAGCUCGCAAGAAAUCUAAUGGGAGAAGACAAUGAAAAAAAGAUUCAGUUUUAGAGGUGGCCGGAAAUCAUGUUAACUGCAUCAGUCUGACU